AAUGUCUGUGUUGUGUGUCGAAAAAUAAAAAAGGAAUAUUUAGUUUAUGUUUGAACAGAACAGACACAACAUUUGUGCUUCUCCGGUUUCUUCGAUUCGAGAACGUCUACUUCAUCUAUCUACUUUUGUGCCGUUUAAAUACUGUUUUAAAACCAAAAUCAAAUAAACAUCCAGACUUUAUUUAUAACAAUAUCGGAAAUACGGAGCAAACUAAUAAACAAACAUGCAUCCAAUAAGAUGGAAUAAACGACGACUUCUAUCGGUAGCUUUGAGUGGCAUCGUAUUUUAUCUGAUACUCUCGGCAAAAUACAAUAAAUUUCAAGCGGAAACUGUGAUAAAGAAUCACAAACCGGAGGACGUGUGGAAUUUUGUAGCGGAUUUCAGUAAAAUGAAGUUGCUUAAUCCAACGAUUGAAGAAUUCCGAAUUCUCAAGGACCAUGGAAACUUUAAUCACUGGAAAUAUGAAGUCGAGUAUAUCGAACGUCUCUCUCACUGGCCAUAUUGGAAAAAUGCCAACAUGGGCUAUUUUUCUGUGUACAAACUGCCACAAGAGCAAGGAGGUGAAUAUGUCGUUGAUUCCACUCAUAAAACGUGUUUCUUUGCCGGACUUUAUUGUCUUAAAGCUAAUGGUCAAUUUAAGUUUUCUAAUACACAUUCGCUGAAAGACACGCAGGUAGUUGAGACGGUGCAAUAUCAGUGUCCUCCAUUUAUUGGUAGCCUUUGUCGUCGCGAAGUAGAAUUCCAACGGAAGGCCAUCAUGGACAACCUUAAACUGCAUUUUGAACGUAAAUGA